AAACUUUGAAUACUCCGCCUGUCUCACAUACAUGUAUUGCCUUGAAAGUCACCCAGCAGCAAUAUUCAGUAGGAGGAAUCACCAUGCACAGCCUAAAAAGACCCCGGAGCCCCUCAGAGCCUGGGCCAUCAGGAAGCGAUGUGUGUAAGAAGCACAGCAGGCGUCUGGAUGUUUACUGCCGCGACGAUAAGAAGCUGAUAUGUGAGGAGUGUGCUUCGGGUGAGCAUAAUGAACACAUCACUGCUCUGGUGAAAGAGGAAAGGAAAAGGAAACAGGUGAGCAAAGCAAAUACGAAUCAAACACAGAGUUACCAAGUGAGCCGAGCAAUCAAACUGUAAACCCUUGAAGUAAAAUAAAAAAGUAAACGUGAAUUAAAGUUACUCAGAUAAUCUUAUUUUCUCGCGUGUAGAAAGCUUAUGUGAUUUGAUCACGACGUACUGAUAUGGGUGUGGUCGAAGUGUAUUUCCCUCCUUUUUGUGUUAACUUUUUUCACACUUAUGAGCUUUUUGCAUCGUUGUUCGUGUGAUGUACAGUGUGAAAAAGUAUUUGCCCCCUACUGGAUUUCUUUUAUUUUUGCUUUUUUGUCACACUGACAUGUUUCAGAUCAUUCAAUAAAAUUUAAUUUAGGAGGAAGACAGUGAGUGGACAUAAAACACAGUUUUUAAAUGAUCAUUUCAUUUAUUGAAAGUAAAGAAUUAUUGAAAACCAAAAUCACCAAUGUGAAAAAGUAAUUGCCCCCUUAACUUAAUAACUGGUUGUGCCACCCUUUGCUGCAACAACUGCAAUCAAGCAUUUGCGAUAACUAGCAAUGAGUCUUUUACAUCGCUGGAGAGGAAUUUUGGCCCACUCUUCUUUGCAGAACUGUUUUAAUUCAUCCACAUUGGAAGGUUUUCGAGCAUGAACAGCCCGCUUAAGAUCAUGCCACAGCAUCUCGAUCGGAUUCAGGUCCGGACUUUGACUAGGCCACUCCAAAACCUUAAUUUGUUUUUUUUUUGAGCCAUUCUGAGGUGAACUUGCUGGUGUGCUUCGGAUCAUUGUCUUGCUGCAUAACCCAAGUGCGCUUGAGUUUAAGGUCACGAACUGAUGGCCGGACAUUCUCCUUCAGGAUUCUUUGAUAGAGAGCAGAAUUCAUGGUUCCUUCGAUUAUUGCAAGUUGUCCAGGCCCCGAAGUAGCAAAGCAGCCCCAGACCAUCACACUACCACCACCAUGUUUGACUGUUGGUAUGAUGUUCUUUUUAUCAAAUGCUUUGUUGGUUUUUUGCCAGAUGUAAUGAGACACACACCUUCCAAAAAGUUCCCAUUUUGUCUCAUCAGUCCACAGAAUAUUUUCCCAGAAGUCUUGGGGAUCAUCCAGGUGUUUUUUGGAAAAUGUGAAACGAGUCUUUAUGUUCUUUUUGGACAGCAGUGGUUUUCGCCUUGGAACUCUGCCAUGGAUGCCACUUAUGCCCAGUCUUUUUCUUAUGGUCGAAUCGUGAACACUGACCUUAACUGAGGCAAGUGAGGCCUGCAGUUCUUUAGAUGUUGUUCUAGGAUCUUUUGUGACCUCCUCGAUGAGUCAUCGAUGGGCUCUUGAAGUAAUUUUGGUUGGCCACCCACUCCUGGGAAGGUUCACCACUGUUCCAAGCUUUCUCUAUUUGUGUAUAAUGGCUCUCACAGUGGUUCGUUGGAGUCCCAGAGCCUUAGAAAUGGCUUUGUAACCCUUUCCGGACUGAUGGAUGUCAAUUACUGUUUUUCUCAUCUGCUCACUGAUUUCCUUAGAUCGCUGCAUGAUGUGUUGCUUUUUGAGAUCUUUUAGCCAUCUUCGUGUUGUCAGACAGGUUCUAUUUAAGUGAUUUCUUGAUUUUACGAGUCUGGUAGUAAUUGGGUGUGGGUGUGGCUAGUGAAAUUGAACUCAGCUUUCCAAAAAAUAUGGUUAAUCAUAGUUCACUCACAAUUUGACAAGAGGGGCAAUUACUUUUUCACACAGGGCCAGGUUGAUUUGGAUGGCAUUUUCCCUUCAUAAAUGAAAUAAUCAUUUAAAAACCGCAUUUUGUAUUUACUUGGGUUAUCUUUGUUUGAUUAGAAUUUGUUUGAUGAUCUGGAACUUUUAAGUCUGGAAAAUGUGCAAAAAAUAGAGGUAAUCCGUAAGGGGGCAAAUACUUUUUCACAGCACUGUAGGCAUAGACUGUGGUUUUAGGCCUAAUAGGCAAAUGUACCUAAGUGAUACGAAAGAUUUUCUUUGUUUUCACCCUUUUCACAUCAGUGUGCAGCUGUCCGUUUCCUCAAAAAAGUUUGUUGAAGUUGCUUCGGUCCGCAUUUUUUUUUUUGUAGGAUGGCAGGGGAAGGUCCCGCCCUCCUUCACUUCAGAUUGGCUAGAAGUGCUGGGCUCCGAUUGGUUAUUCCUUAUGGCUGUGAAACUUCAUCGUCUGUCGAGUUCAUAGACUGUAUAUAGAAUGGACAGUGUCUGCCUCUUUGCCGGGUGAAGCCAGCCUGAGAACAGCCCCCUCUGGUGACAGGCUGUAGUAUAGGUCAUAAAUCCUGCUUCCUCCAGCAAUCCCUAUGGAGCCGUGGACCAACUUUAGAAAUUUAUUACACAGAAUAUACAUUUUUCUCCCCCUUGGUUGUGAUAUUGACAUGUAGUUACUGUCAGACUGGUUUGUGCCCAAGUCCUCUUUUUUCUGCACAGCUUUAUUUUUAAAAGUAAUUAGGGGGUUCAUUAUUGACACUUGAUACAGCCUAUGGAUUUACGAAGAUUGCGUAGCUCACCUAGGGGAUAUGCUGUUUGAGCCGAGCGUCAUCACAUCGACUCUCAGUGACUCUCCCGUCGAAUGCGUACAAUGCUACUGUGUGUGCAACGCUACUGCGCAAUGUUGGUUUCAGGAAAUGAAGAAAAAUCGCGGAAAUACUGAGAGCCUUCUGAUGGAAGGCGGAACCAAGUUGUCCAUAGUACAUACAGUCUAUGGUCGGGUUAGGGUUAGGCAGAGCCGGCCCAAGGGUAAGGAGAUUCUGAAUUGCGAUAAUGUUCUGUAAUGUUCUGUUGGAUGUACAGAGCCUACAGCCCAUGCUCGGCUUGAGCAUUUGAUGACGUUUCCAGCUUUUCUAGCCAACCACAGGCGAAGGAGGCGGGACCAUCCAACAAAAAAAAAUACCACGGUCUGAUGUGGAUCGUGCUGCAUUCAUCUGCUCUUCGGACUUUAAUGUAUUUCCUAUGCAGUGAUGAGCUAGCCUAAUUUAUCAGGUUAUUUAACCUGACUAGUUUUAGUGGGUCAGUCUGGUUUGAACCUCGCACAAGUGGCCCCUCUUUUGACACACUGUCUGACCUGUGCUGACAGACUCCAGGGUGAUAGUAAUCAUGGAAAAAGCAGAGCCACAUAGCAGCUAGUUUUAUGUCUUUUGAGGUUUUGAGGUGUGAUGGUGGGGAGGAGUUGCUCGGCCCCCUAAACCAGUAUCAAAGACAGUAACAAGGGCAGAACUGCAUCUUUGUAGCCCUCACAACAAGAAGGAUAAACCAGUGACAUGCAUGUCUGAGUAUAUUCAUAUGUAGAGCUUGCACUGUUUGUUUACAUGACCCCACAACACUAUAACAAUGUGUAAAAUCACACACUAGGUCAGUUCUUCACAAACUUAAACAAAUGACAUGUAUGUCCAUAUAACACAACCUGUAGGAAGAGCUGAAGAGUGUGCAGGCAAAAACCCAGGUGAUCCUCGAGAAACAAAGCCAGAAGAGGAGAGACAUGUGGAAGGCCUUGGAAACAAUUGAGGUAACCAAAAGUGUUUUCAAAGAGUCGCAGAGAUUUUAGCAGCAGCCCAAGACUGAUUCCGUAUGCUUGUGUGUACAACAGGAGGAGUCAAGAGCAACAAAGGACUACUGUGAGUGUGUCUUGGCGGAUGUCAUUGACUCUCUUCAGAGACAUUUUAUGUCAGUGAGAGAGGUAAUCGACACUCAGGUGGAGGUGGCAGCAGCUGAGGUGAGGACAUCUCUCCAAACUCUGGGUGAGAAGAUAAAGGAGACGUGUGAGAGGAAGAUUGAGUUAGAGUCAGAGUUGGAUUGUCUGGCACAGGCUGAUGACAUCAGUUUCUUACAGGUACUGUGGUUAUAACUCAUCACUAGAUAUUCAACCUUAAUCUUUCUCUGUUGAGCAUUCUUCAUUUCUCUGAGCCUCUCACCACAGAAAUGGCCCUCCGUCAAACACCUCUGCAAUCAAGACGCUUCUCAUCCACCAGAGUUUUCAGAAAACUUGCUUCCAUUUGAAACGACUAAAAGAGUGGUUGAACAACUUGGGAGGCGACUGAAGGAAUUUUGUGACGAGCAAUUUGCUGCGAUCUCUCAAAAUGGUAAAUGUCUUUACCAUGAUUCUGAAAAUCCUUCAAAAUUCGACAUAUUUUGGCAAACCAUGACUAGAUGUCUGUCACUUUAAGCAGCAUUUUGCAAGCUGUUCAUGUUUGAUGUUUGUACAGCUUGGGGCAUUUAAGUUAUCAGUUGUGUUUUUGCAACAUGUUUCUGUCUAUGCACUCACGUUUUCUGCUGUUGCACCCUGAAAUUUCUCAUAGGUCCCCCUGAGGAGGAAAACAGCAGGACAGACCAGGAUGUUGAACCUAAAACCAGAGCAGAGUUUCUGCAGUGUGAGUUAACAUUUUAGACUUUUAGCACUUUGAUGCUUGAUACCUGAACCUCAGAUGUACACAGUGAUGAGGGGUGUGUUACACUUAAGAAUAAUACAUAUUUAAGUGUUAUACAGCACUUUGUCCUUCAUUGCAGUUUUCUUAAAGCUUCACUUUAUAUUUAUAACAUUCAAAUCAGAGGAGAAGUUUCUAUUACUACUAAAGGCUUAAACAGAGGUUCACAAACUUUUUGGCUGGUAACAAAAAUAAAUGCGAAAAAGUGAAACAGAGCAGAGGCUGUUAGUGUGAUUUUUUCAUCAUCACUCUAACAACUGGGUUUCCAACCGGUAUCAAAAAAUUCUCUGACUAACCCUUUAUUUAUCAGCUACAAAUCGAUACUUCUACAGAAGUAAAAGAUAUAAACUGCUCUCACUACCAAACUACAAAUAAACCACAACUGUAUUUUUUAAGUAACUCUGUUUACCACUUCUCUCUACAUUAUUGCAGAUGCAUGUGACCUCAAGUUUGACCCCUUCACAGCUCAUGAAGACCUGAUCAUUUCUGAGGCAGGAAAAGUGGUCAAACUGAGUCCUAACAAAACAAAGAUUUCAGGUCCUUACCCACAGCAAUUUCUCCGCCGCCGACAGGUGCUGUGCAAGGAAGGCCUGCAGGCUGAGCGCUGUUACUAUGAGGUGGAGGUAGCAGGAGACAAGGUGGAGAUUGCUCUCACUUAUAAAGAAAUAGCCAGGAAGUCCCUUACGAACCAGUCAGCUUUUGGGGCCAAUGCUAUGUCCUGGAGUCUUGAUUGCUCCACCAACUACUCUGUGAGCCACAAAGGUGACAGCAUCCAGCUCCUGACACCACGAGCUGUAAACAAGAUCGGAGUCUAUUUAAAGUUUAAGGAGGGAACUCUGUCAUUCUACGAGGUGUCAGACACAAUGAAGCUUCUGCACACUGUGAAAGACACAUUUACAAAGCCGCUCUAUCCAGGCUUCUGGCUCGGAGAGAAAUGCUGGAUUAGAAUCUGUGGUUUGUGGUGACUAUAAUCAUAUGGCCUAUUUGAUAGUAACCGUAUUUUAACCACAUUAUUCUGACAUUCUUCGGGACUAGAUGAUGAAUGCUAGCAUUACAUAUCUUUGCUUAUACCUCACACACAGAUUUACAUUUAUUUUCCUCUUUUAGGGUCUGUUUUUUUCAGAAACUUGGUUUUAUAUACUUAUAUAUAUAUUUUUUUCCCAUACAAAGCAGUCCCACAAUAAACUGCAGAUAUGACCGUAUAUUCAUGUGUUAUGCUUAUGUAAUAAAAAUAUGCUAAAGAGUAAAAUCAUAUAAUUUAUGCAAAAGUAACGACAAAGUUUUCUCUGUGAUUAGAGCAAAUUUUCUUAAACAUUUUAAACUAUUUUGUUUUUUAAAAACAGGAUUUUAAAUAACUGUAGAAAUGAGUAUUUUUGCAAUGUUUACCAUUUCUAAUGUUUCCUGAACCUCAAUGAAAGUCUUAAUCACAUAAGACAGGUGCUGGUGUUUUAUAUCAAAAAAGAAAAACAUUUGUGGUUCUUGUGUUGCCUGAGUCUGUUUAGGUUCAUUUAGGUCAUUCCACUUUUUUGUUAUAUGUUCUACUCUUCUAAUGCUUUGUUUUUAUGAAUGCAAAUUACCAAAGUACUUUGUAAAUUCCUGUUUUAUUAAAUGCUGUACAAAUGAAAUUAUUUUCAUAAAAAUUGGAAGUGCUUGAAAUUACAUUUUAAUGUCCUUAGCAGUGGCCAGGAUUAAUACAACUAUGUUAGCAUCUGUGUAAAAUAAAGAAGAAAUCACUGCCCACCA